CCUGACCUUUGGACUACAUCCCUCCUCGUUUCGUCAUCAACAGUCUUUUAGGAGUCCCUAUAAAACCCGUAACAGUCGCUCAUUUUUCAUCAGACCAGUUGUUCGUGAAUUCCUUAAUUUUGUCCCAAACGCCAGAAGACAAAAUCAAAAGCGUCAUGGCUUCUAUGGAAGUUAUUACAAACCAGAAUGUGGUUGCCAGAAUGGCUCAUUUUCCCUUGGUGAUUUCUACCUAUGACAUGGUGUCAAAUGUGUACUGCAACACCAAAGAUAAUCAUCCAUACUUGAAGUUUGUCUGCGAGGCGGCUGAGAAUGGUGUGAAGACCAUAACCUCAGCUGCUUUAAACAGUGCUUUACCAUUCAUUGGAAAACUCGAGCCUCAGUUCUCUUUGGCAAAUACCCUGGCAUGUAAAGGACUGGAUAAGAUAGAGAAGACUUUGCCUAUCCUACACAAGCCCUCUGAUCAGAUUGUCACCAAUGCCAGAGAGGCAGUAACAGGAGCUAAGGAAGCUGUCACAGGGACCAUGAAUGGUGCCAAGGAAACUGUCUCCCACACCCUUAGUGGAGUGAUGGACAAAACCCGUGGAGCAGUGCAGGACGGCAUGGGAAAGACCAGAACAGUGGUCAGUGGUGGAGUCCAAACCGUGAUGGACAGCAGGAUGUUGAAACUGGUCAGCAGUGGAGUGGACACAGCACUGAGCACGUCUGAGACUCUGGUGGAGCAGUACUUACUAGGAACUGAAGAGGAAAAAGAAUGUGGAGAGAAGACAGCGAUAGGAUUUGACAACGAUCUAGAUGCACCCAGUUACUAUGUGAGGCUGGGGUCUCUCUCCAGCAAAGUGAGGGACAGGGCUUACCAGAUAGCUGUGGCCAAGGUCCACAAUGCUGUGCAAUGCAGCCAAGAGUCCAUAUCCCCACUAAACCACAACAUGGAUCUGCAAAUCGAAUCCCGUACCUUCACCAUUGCCCACAACUUCAGCCAGCAGCUUCAGACCACAUGUCUAGUCUUAGUGUCCAGCUUUAAGGGUCUCCCUCAGCACAUCCAGGUCCAGGCUCUCUCUGUCAGCCAGUCAGCCAUGGAGAUCUACAGAAGCUUCAGUAAGGCUGCUGUUUUGGGAGAUCUCUCCGAUACAGUCCUCGCCACCAGUCAAUCUCAGCUCAACAGAAUAAGGGACUCCAUGGAUAAUGUCAUGGACUACCUAAUCAACAAUACCCCACUUAAUUGGUUGGUAGGUCCAUUUUACCCACGCAUGGAACGUGCAACUCCAAGCAGCCCUAAAACCAGUAUAUCAAGGAGCUCUCAGCCUGAAGUGGAGAUGCAGUCAAUGGAGUAAAGAAAAUUAACCAUAUGUACCUAACAAACAUGAUUACAGACAUGCAUUGCUGCUAGUAAAAUCUGGCUCUACUUGCAAACAAUAUACAGUCAUCAAAUAAUAUGCUUGUGCUUUACUGAAUAGUAUUUGGUGAAAUACUCAACUUUAGGCCUACUAAUCUAAAUUGCAAACAACUAAUCCUUAAUGUCUCUUUUUUUGCCUUUGUACAUUUCUAA